UGGCACAGCCUGUCCUUUGUCCCUCCCCUCCUUGUUCCCAACUGUUGCAAACUCAGGCAUAUCAAUCUGGCCACUUUUGAGGGCAGAAGAAAGAAGAGCAGUUGGGGAGUCAGUGGAGCCUGUGUCUGCUCACAUCUGAAGCUCUGGGCAGUUCUUUCAACCUGGCAUGGCAGAAAAAACAAAGCGCAUACCCUCACAUAUACCAAAUGAUGAAGAUAUACAAAAAGAAAAUAUCCGUUGCUUGACCACCAUUGGGCAUUUUGGUUUUGAGUGUCUGCCCUACCAGCUGGUGAACAGAUCCAUCCAUCAAGGGUUCUCUUUCAAUAUUCUCUGUGUGGGAGAAACUGGAAUUGGAAAAUCAACACUGAUUAAUACGUUGUUUAAUACUAAUUUGAAAGAUAAAAAAUCCUCACAUUUUUAUUCGAAUGUUGGACUCAAAAUUCAGACAUAUGAACUUCAGGAAAGCAAGGUUCAACUGAAACUGACAGUUGUGAAGACAGUGGGGUACGGAGAUCAGAUAAACAAGGAGGCCAGCUACCAACCCGUGGUCGACUACAUAGAUGCUCAGUUCGAGGCCUUCCUUCAGGAGGAGCUGCGGAUCAAGCGCUCCUUCUUUGAGUACCACGACACCCGCGUGCACGUGUGCCUGUACUUCAUCUCUCCAACGGGGCACUCGCUCAAGUCGCUGGACCUGCUGACCAUGAAGAGCAUCGACAGCAAGGUGAACAUUAUACCAUUGAUUGCUAAAGCAGACACAAUUUCUAAAAACGACUUACAGAAGUUUAAGAGUAAGAUAAUGAGUGAAUUGAUCAGCAAUAACAUCCAGAUAUAUCAGUUCCCAUCAGACGAUGAAACUACCGUUCAAGCAAACUCCUCAACUGGAGUGCUCCCAUUUGCUGUGGUUGGGAGUAUAGAUGAGGUGAAAGUUGGAAAAAGGAUGGUGAGAGGCCGUCAUUACCCCUGGGGAGUUUUGCAAGUGGAAAACGAGAACCACUGUGACUUCGUGAAGCUCCGAGACAUGCUCCUCUGCACCAACAUGGAGGACCUGAAGGAGCAGACCCACUUCUACCACUAUGAAUGCUACAGAUGCCGCAAGCUGCAGAAAAUGGGCUUCACAGACGUGGGACCUGACAACCAGCCGGUUAGUUUUCAAGAGAUAUAUGAAGCCAAGAGACAAGAGUUUUAUGAUCAAUGCCAGAGGGAGGAAAAGCAGUUGAAACACAGGUUCAUGCAGCGAGUAAAGGAGAAAGAAUCAACACUUAAAGAUGCUGAAAAAGAGCUGCAGGACAAGUUUGAGCACCUUAAAAGAUUUCAACAAGAGGAGAUAAUAAAGCUUGAAGGAGAGAGAAGAAAACUGGAAGAAGAAAUCAUCGACUUCUGUAAAACAAAGGCUGCCUCUGAAAAUGUGCAGGCUCAGCUGUGCGCCAACAUGAGGAAGGACAAAGAGCGUUUUCAUUCCUGGGCUUAGACGAUUCCUGACCCACAGUGGAUAUUAGUAGUUGAAUAAAUGAAUGCUGCAAGAAUACAUCAGCUACAUUAUACGCACAAACUAAUUUGGUACGUGAAUUUUAGAAGACAAUGUAACUUGUUAAUGCUUUUCAACAUGCUUGUGUGUUGUAUUGCUGAAAGACUUGUAUUCUCUUUCUUUCAUCUUAAUCAAAUGUUAUUAAAAUCAGACUCACCAAUGUUAUGCCAUAGCCAAAAACAAUAAAAUUAACCUUGUAAAAAUUAUUGCUCCUCUAUAGUUAAGAAUGGACUUUUAAGGUAAUAAUGGAAGAAUCAUUUUAUUAUAGCAAAAAUUAUUCACCCUAAAAUAAACUAUAAUUUUUUUCCAUUGGUAUUCUCAAAGUAUAAACCACCAAAUCAUAGUUUAUUUUUGCUCUUUCCACAAUUAACAAAAUAGAGUUAGUUUCCUAUAUAACUUUUUACUAUAUGAACAAAACUACGACUUUGCUUGGCUUUAUUUAAAACAGUUUCCAAAUUUAUGUAGCCCAGAAAGAUUUAAUGUGAGAAUUCAUUAACAUCCUCACAUAUUGCCUUAUUGUGGGCUGAGUUUUUUUUUGUAGUGAUGUUUUGUUUCCAUUAGUAUUUCCUUGCAUGUCUACUCUUUAUUUUCUUUUUGGCUGCUGUUGGUAUUUCAGGUGACAUCAUGAAAUUAUAACAGUCAAAUGUGAAUUGAUGUCAAUGUACACAAACUACCUCUUUAAAGUCAUUGAUGCAACACAUUAUCUCUCUGUUCAUUGGUACCUGGUAAGACACACACCAAUGCUUCUCAUGUAUUGGUUUUAUGAAUUGGGUAGAAAAUGCAAAGUGAUGUGCAGACCAAAAUUAUAAUAAAAUGUGUCUCACUUGCCCAGAGAGCUUUGUGUAUUUAGGUGUCCUUGAGAGUGACUCCAGCUAUUUAACUUUUUCUUUUUUUUUGUACUGAGGAUUGAACCCAGAGGUGCUUAACAUCUGAACCACAUCUCCAACCCCUUUUAUUCUUUAUUUUGAGA